GGCUGGUUGCUGCAGAUGACACCAUCACCCUUCUGUGGCAAGAGGCACCCGAAAGGAAAACUUCUGCAUAUCAAUGCACUGCCAAUGGUGGUGUAAUACCAAGGGCUGUACUGCUGCCACAUCACAAUUUUGUGGGGUUUCAGAGAGUAGUUCUGGGUUGUGUCCUUUGUUGUGACCUCAUGGUUUAACUGGGAAUAAAGAUGAGUAUAAGCAGUGAUGAGGUUAACUUCCUGGUAUAUAGAUACUUGCAAGAGUCAGGGUUUUCCCAUUCAGCAUUUACCUUUGGUAUAGAGAGCCAUAUCAGCCAGUCUAAUAUAAAUGGUGCUCUGGUGCCACCAGCUGCUUUGAUUUCCAUCAUCCAGAAAGGUCUGCAGUAUGUAGAGGCAGAAGUCAGUAUUAAUGAGGAUGGUACCUUGUUUGAUGGUAGGCCGAUAGAGUCUCUCUCACUGAUAGAUGCAGUGAUGCCUGAUGUGGUACAGACAAGGCAACAGGCCUACAGAGACAAACUUGCACAACAGCAGGCAGCAGCUGCUGCAGCUGCAGCUGCCCCCAACCAACAGGGAUCAGCAAAAAAUGGAGAAAAUACUGCAAAUGGAGAGGAGAACGGAGCACACACUAUAGCAAAUAAUCACACGGAUAUGAUGGAAGUAGAUGGAGAUGUGGAAAUCCCUCCCAACAAGGCAGUGGUGCUGCGUGGCCACGAAUCCGAAGUGUUCAUCUGUGCCUGGAACCCCGUCAGUGACCUUCUGGCCUCAGGGUCUGGUGACUCGACAGCGCGGAUCUGGAACCUGAGCGAGAACAGCACGAGCGGCUCCACGCAGCUGGUGCUGCGGCACUGCAUCCGGGAGGGCGGCCAGGACGUGCCCAGCAACAAGGACGUGACGUCGCUGGACUGGAACAGUGAAGGUACGCUUCUUGCGACUGGGUCUUAUGAUGGCUUUGCAAGGAUAUGGACUAAAGAUGGUAAUCUUGCCAGCACCUUAGGGCAACAUAAAGGUCCUAUAUUUGCGUUAAAAUGGAACAAGAAAGGAAACUUCAUUUUAAGUGCAGGAGUGGACAAGACCACAAUUAUUUGGGAUGCCCACACUGGCGAAGCCAAGCAGCAGUUUCCUUUUCAUUCUGCACCAGCAUUAGACGUUGAUUGGCAGAGUAACAACACAUUUGCCUCUUGCAGUACAGACAUGUGUAUUCAUGUUUGUAAACUAGGACAAGAUAGGCCCAUCAAAACCUUCCAGGGUCACACAAAUGAAGUAAAUGCAAUCAAAUGGGAUCCAACUGGUAAUCUGCUGGCAUCCUGCUCUGAUGACAUGACUCUAAAGAUCUGGAGUAUGAAACAAGACAGUUGUGUCCAUGAUCUACAAGCACACAACAAAGAAAUUUAUACUAUCAAAUGGAGUCCUACAGGACCAGGAACAAAUAAUCCAAAUGCCAAUCUUAUGUUAGCAAGUGCAUCCUUUGAUUCUACUGUUAGGUUAUGGGAUGUAGACAGAGGAAUUUGUAUUCAUACUCUGACUAAACAUCAAGAACCUGUGUACAGUGUAGCUUUCAGUCCUGAUGGCAGGUACCUGGCCAGUGGCUCCUUUGAUAAAUGUGUACACAUCUGGAAUACACAGACAGGUGCCCUAGUUCACAGUUAUCGGGGAACAGGAGGGAUUUUUGAGGUUUGCUGGAAUGCAGCAGGAGACAAAGUUGGAGCAAGUGCUUCAGAUGGUUCAGUUUGUGUAUUAGACCUCCGGAAAUAGCGCUCUUAGUUGGAAGCCAUGGACCGACUAUGAAUGUGUACAUAGCCAAAAUGACUGUCCCUGACCCAUGUACUGCUAUAGUCCCAAUCGAACCAUGGCCAGUCCACUACAGCCAAAUGUAAAAGAAAUAUAUACAUAUACUGUAUAUAAAA